CUUUCACGCCAACUCAUGCAUCAAGUUAGUAUAUAUAAAUUUGCCUGAAUCUAAAACUGAAAUUCUCCCAUUGUUCUUCGCACUUGUUUUCUUCUCUGGUCAGUAAGAUAUAUAUUGCCAUUUACUCCUUGAUUGCUUGUUCUGGGAUAAAAAAAAAAUGGAGAAACAAGCAGAGAUAGAACUAAGGCCUGAAGACAGAGGAGAUGAUUAUGAUGCUAUUGUUGUGGGGUCUGGAUAUGGUGGUUCUGUUGCUGCUUGUCGAAUGUCAAUGGCGGGAAUAAAGGUUUGUCUGCUAGAGAAAGGUCGGAGAUGGAAAGCAGAGGAUUUCCCAACUGACAUCUGGAAGAUUAUGUCAGCUGUGAGGUAUCAGAACCAGAACUUAGGCGUCAGAUUUGGACCAGAGGAUGCUUUAUUUCAGAAUGAUUCUUUAGCAGCAGUGGCUUGUGGACUUGGUGGAGGUUCCCUAGUCAAUGCUGGAGUGAUGCUGCCAACACCAAUUCGUGCUAGAAGGAAUCUAAAAUGGCCAAAGGAAUGGGAAAGAGAUUGGGAUAUUUGUGAGUCUUCUGCUGCAGCAAUGCUGAGAAUUCAAAGCAGUUCAGUCAAAUUUCCUAUAGCCAAAGUCAUGGGGGAAAUAGCUGGAGCAGAGUUUGAAGCAAAUAUUGAGAGUUCUGUAAAGCUAAGUGUGAAUUUUGAUGUUGAAGAACCUCCUUCUAAUCCACCAAGGCUUGAGCAGAUUAAUAGCUGCUUUGCCUGUGGAAAUUGUCUUGCUGGGUGUCCUUACAACGCCAAAAAUUCUACCGAUAAAAACUAUCUUGUCUCAGCAAUACAGGCAAGAUGCACUAUAAGGACAAAAUGUCAAGUUCAGUAUGUGAUCAAGAAUCCCCAUGGAAUUUGCCAACCAGGCGGAAUUAGCAGAAAAAGAAGAUGGCGUGUUUACAUAAAUGAGAUUGACUACAUAACAUCCGAUUGGGUAAUUCUGUCAGCUGGAGUUUUGGGCACAACUGAGAUACUUUUCCGGUCACAGAUGAGAGGAUUGAGGCUUUCGGAUACUCUCGGAUCUGGAUUCAGUUGUAAUGGCAAUAAUCUCGCUUAUGUUGCUGGAAGCCCUGCACCCCUGAAUGGUUAUGGAUUAAACAGAAAGCAAUUAUCAGAGAUACCUUUCCAAGAUAGGCCAGGGCCAUCUAUCUCUUCAUCUCACACUUCUUCAUUGGGUUUUACAAUCCAGAGCGCUAUACUUCCAAGAGCUUAUCCGUAUCUGUUGUUCGAAGGGAUUACAACUUAUAACUGGCCAACUGGUUACCGAUUCUUUCAGGGGAUUGUCCAUAGGCUGAAGCAUUUUAUAGGUCUUGGCUUAAGCCAAUCUAUCAUUCUCAAUGCAAUGGGAUAUGAUGAAAGUGAUGGGAAAAUCAUGUUAGAAAAAGACACGGACAAAAUCUGCUUUCAUCCACCCCAGGAUCCCUUACUUCCACGAAAAAUCAUAGCUUUUCAAAAGCUGACCAAAAAACUCGGGGGAAUCCUUUGCAUGUCUAGGUACAGAAGCACAGCAGUUCAUCUUUUAGGUGGUUGUAAUGCAUCAUCAGAUUCUUCAGGUGGGGUAUGCAACCAUAAAGGUCAGGUUUUUGACCCAAAAACUCCUGCUACUGUGCAUGCAGGCCUCUACGUUUGUGAUGCUUCUCUAAUCCCAUGUUCCGUUGGCAUAAACCCAUCUCUUACUAUUGCAACAGCCGCUGAACAUGCAAGCAGGUACCUUGUGCAGGACAUUCUCGAGUACAAAAACAAAAUUAGUGCUAGUGUUGCAGCUGCUGAUCAGAAUCAAUUUUCUGUCACGGGUAAAAAUUUAGAGAAUGACAAUGAAUCAACUGUUCUGAUUAAAGAAACCAUGAGAGGCUAUGUGGGGGGCAUGCCAUGCACAGUUCAUCUAAAAAUGAAAAUGCAGUCACAGAAUCUUAAGAGCUUUGAUAAACGGAACUGGUUUAUAGGAGAACCUCACCCUCUUCUGAGGGGAAAGGCUGGUGGGUAUGUAGUGUUCAGAGCCAUUGAAAAGGACAGAUUACAUGUCAUAGAUGGGGAAAUGGAUUUGUGUGUGGUCGAUGGCAGAACUCCUUAUACGCAGUAUAUGCACUAUCGACUUCUCCUUGCAGCUGCUUCUGGUUCCAGAUAUAUACUUGAGGGAAAGAAGAUAAUGAAUCCUUACCACUUCGCAUUGUACGCUUGGAGGGAGACAACAACACUGUAUGUUACAUUUAAUAAAGUUGCCCAGAGUGGCUCAACAGGCACCAUGCUGAAUUUGAAAGGAGAGCUUAGAGUUUCCUUCACAGAGCUUCUGAAGUGUUUUAUAAGCCUUAAAGGAAACGGGAGAGGAAGAUUCAUACAUCUUCUUUUACAGACACUCAUAAGGACUUACAUCUUACAAAUACCACGAGUGACUCGCGAGAACUUCAUCGUAACAGAUUCAUGCGAUAAGAGUUAUCCAAGCAGCACUAUCGAUGAUAUAAGAACAGCGGAUGGAUAUAUCAUUAGAAGCAGGCACUGGAAAAAUGCUAGAAAUCCCUUGUUGCUUAGCAGAGAAAAAGUACUAAAUCCUAUCCUCCUUCUCAAUGGUUAUACUAUGGAGAGUUACUGGCUACCAACAGAACCACAUGAUUUAGUCAGAAAUUUGUUGGAAGAAGGGCAUGAUGUUUGGCUAUUGCAGACUAGAUUGCACCCUCUGAAUCCUGCAAACAACGCUACUAUAGAAGAUAUUGGAAAAUAUGACAUCCCUCCUGCAUUUGGUAAGAUCCUUGAAGUUCACGGGCCCAGCACAAAGAUUCAUGUAGUGGCACACUGUGCUGGAGGCUUGGCCAUUCAUAUAGCUCUCAUGGGAGGGCAUGUCUCUGCGACCCAUAUAGCUUCUCUGUCUUGUACCAAUUCUUCAAUGUUCUUCAAGCUUACGGCAUUGGCCACAAUCAAAAUGUGGCUUCCCCUGGUCCCAAUAUCAAUGGCUAUACUGGGCAAGAAUAAAAUCCUGCCUCUUUUGGAAAAAUCAAAGGGAAGCUCCGGACACAGGCUUUUGAAAUUCAUAGCUCGGUGUUUACCACGAUAUGAGAGAUGCACGUGCAAGGAGUGUGAGGUCCUCUCUGGAAUAUUUGGAAAUGCAUUCUGGCAUGAAAAUGUAAGCCCCGCCCUGCACCACUGGUUGAAUACAGAAAGCGCAACAAAGCUUCCCAUGUCAGCAUUUCCUCACCUGAGAAGAAUCUGCAACUCUGGAUAUAUUGUAGACAGUAAUGGUAACAACUCAUUCUUGAUCCAUCCAGAGAGAAUGGCAAUCUCAACGCUGUAUAUUUCUGGAGGGCGGAGUCUCCUUGUGACCCCAGAGACUUCUUAUCUUGCUAACAAGUACAUGAAGCUGCACCAACCUGGUUUUAGACAUGAAAGGGCGGUGGUGGACGGUUUUGGGCAUUCAGAUUUAUUGAUUGGAGAGAAGUCUCAUGAGAAAGUUUUUCCUCACAUAAUAUCUCAUAUCAGAUUAGCCGAACAAGAAGGAAAUGAUUUGACUCCUAGAAAAAAGUACAGCAAAGAGGCUUUGGACUGGGGUGAUGAUCCUUACAGAGAAUAUGGGGACUUCGGUUGCUGGUUUUUCGCGUUGGCUAUUAUUUUCUUCUUCUUGUUAUUACACGUGUUGUUCUGGUGAUGUUAGUGUGAUUUUGAAGUUGUAAGAGGCAAACAAUGGAGUAUCACCCCUUCCACACACACAGAGUACGUAUUAUAUUGUAGAAUUUUUUCACCGUGAAAAAUUAAUUUUAG